CGGCUGGGCAGGAUUCCGGACAACGCCUGGUUCCUCUCGGGUCCUUCCGGCGUCGCCGGAGUGAAUUGAUCCGGGAGUUGAAGAGGGCUCCAAAGGUGGGAAGUGAAGUCAGUCCCUCAGUUGCCGGCCAUUCACAGUGCUAAUGAGGAAACUGAGGGGAUAAAUGACGUGCCCAAGGACGCACAAGUAGGGACUGAUCUUCUGAAUCUAAUCCAGUUGUAAUCCAGCUUCUGAAUCAGAGCCACCGCACCAGACUGAAAGUGUAGGAAGGUUUUGUUUUUUGAAGAGGGUGGAGGAAGUUGCAAAGUAAUGCAUUUUAGGUGAAAGACACCCCUUUCCCUUCCUACCAUAGGACCGUUUUUACUGUUUUCGCUGUCAACUGAGAGCAAUGGGAUUGGAAUUCUUUCAUGAAACUUAUUUUACAUUUUUACAGCACUGAGAAAGAUUUUAGUGAGCUUAUUACUAGGAAAGAAGAUACAUUGCUUUUUUGGAGUUUGAGCCUUCGUGAAAUUUUUAAUAUUUCAGUGGUUCCUAAGGACAGUAUAUGUUUUGUGCAGUAUUCUUUUAUCACAAUAAAGAGAAGAAAGACUGCAGUGAAUGAAGAUUCCUCUGCAUUUUAGCACUGCUUUUUCUACUGUAGUUGGCUUUUGAAUGAGGAUGACAAUGGAAGAGAUGAAGAAUGAAGCUGAGACCACUUCCAUGGUUUCUAUGCCUCUCUAUGCAGUCAUGUAUCCUGUGUUUAAUGAGCUAGAGCGAGUAAAUCUGUCUGCAGCUCAGACACUGAGAGCAGCUUUCAUUAAGGCUGAAAAAGAAAAUCCAGGACUCACACAAGACAUCAUUAUGAAAAUUUUAGAGAAAAAAAGUGUAGAAGUCAACUUCACGGAGUCCCUUCUUCGAAUGGCAGCUGAUGAUGUAGAAGAGUAUAUGAUUGAACGACCAGAGCCAGAAUUCCAGGACCUAAACGAAAAAGCACGAGCACUUAAACAAAUUCUCAGUAAGAUCCCAGAUGAGAUCAAUGACAGAGUGAGGUUUCUGCAGACAAUCAAGGAUAUAGCCAGUGCAAUAAAAGAACUUCUUGAUACAGUGAACAAUGUCUUCAAGAAAUACCAAUACCAGAACCGCAGAGCACUUGAACACCAAAAGAAAGAAUUUGUAAAAUACUCCAAAAGUUUCAGUGAUACUCUGAAAACCUAUUUUAAAGAUGGCAAGGCAAUAAAUGUGUUCAUAAGUGCCAACCGACUAAUUCAUCAAACCAACUUGAUACUUCAGACCUUCAAAACUGUGGCCUGAAAGUUGUAUAUGUUAAGAGAUGUACUUCUCAGUGGCAGUAUUGGACUGCCUUUAUCUGUAAAUUUUAAAGUUUGACUGUAUAAAUUAUCAGUCCCUCCUGAAGGGAUCUAAUAAUCCAGGAUGUUGAAUGGGAUUAUUGCCAUCUUACACCAUAUUUUUGUAAAAUGUAGCUUAAUCAUAAUCUCACACUGAAGAUUUUGCAUCACUUUUGCUAUUAUCAUUCUUUUAAGAAUUAUAAGCCAAAAGAAUUUACGCCUUAAUGUGUCAUUAUAUAACAUUCCUUAAAAGAAUUGUAAAUAUUGGUGUUUGUUUCUGACAUUUUAACUUGAAAGCGAUAUGCUGCAAGAUAAUGUAUUUAACAAUAUUUGGUGGCAAAUAUUCAAUAAAUAGUUUACAUCUGUUAAACAUUUCUUUACUUGAAAAAAAUGCAUAUAUAUAUGUGAAUAUAUAUAUAUGAUCAGAAGACCAAGACGACUUGGUGUAAUGUCUAAGGAACUUCUAACAGGAGCUUAUUAGCAGUUUAUCAGAUAAUAAAGCAACAAGAAUUCCUAUUUUUUUGUCCUUAAUCACUCUGGGCAAAAAGUAGAAAUAUUUUUGUUAGUUAUUAUUUUUGAGGUACUGAGAAUUUUUCCAACCUUUGUUUUAAGAGACUUUUGAGAAGGACAUGGCAGUUUAUAGUGUCUUCACACUAUCUUGCCACUUUUGAACUCUGUGACAAUGUAAGAUUAAGACUUUCUGGUAUGCUGGGCCCUAAUAAGCUCUGCACCUUUUUCCCUUAAAUAGCCACAGCUGAUAGUAAUUUGAAGCUAUACCAAUGCUAGUUGGUUUGAAAUUGUCAUGAGUGUUAAUAAUAUUAUAUACACUCUUUAAAUAUGUACAGUUUUGUCUCACCAUAGAGAAGUUUUAAGGAAAUUAUGUAUCAAGUAUUCAUGUUAAGUGAUUUCAUUUUUCAAUUAUGAUAAAAUAAAGGAAAAAAUCAGAA